AUGGACAAGAGUGAAUUAAUUAAACAAAUAAGAAAAGAGUUGAUACAAGAUUUAAAGAUUUCAGCUAAAGAGCCUUCUUCUUUUGUUGUUUUGGAUGAAGAGGAUGUGAUUCUACCUCCUCCACCUCUAAUGGUUGAAUUGAAAGAAGAGGAUGAGGAAGUUAUUUUACCUUCUCCUCCUCCUCCACCUCUUGUUCAAUCAUCACCAGAGGAGGAAGAACAAGUGGAACAACAAUCAGAAUCAUAUAAUUGGAGUACCAAUGAAUUUGAUUGUCAAACACCAGAGUACUAUUCUUUUCAUCAUCCACACAACCCUACAGACUCUUAUGAAGAUCAAGAGUACUUUAAAAGUUAUUCCAGAGUGAGUAUUCAUAAUGAAAUGGUAAUGGAUAAAAGAAGAACAGCAGCUUAUUAUCAUGCAAUUAUGGGUAGUAAAGAGUUAUUUAAAGACAAGGUAGUUAUGGAUAUUGGAUGUGGAACGGGGAUACUUAGUUGUUUCUGUGCAAUAGCAGGAGCUAAAAAAGUGUAUGCUGUAGAGGCUAGUGAUAUGGCAUUCAACGCUGAAUUGAUUGUUAAUCGAAACAAUCUUCAAGAUGUUGUCACCAUUGUAAAGGGUAAACUUGAGCAUACUACAUUCCCCGAGUUUGUCGAUAUCAUAGUGUCAGAGUGGAUGGGUGCUUUCUUGAUCUUUGAAAGUAUGUUGGAAUCUGUUAUCUAUGCUAGAGAUCAUUUACUUAAGCCUGGAGGUACACUAUUCCCAUCAAAAGCUUGUUUAUAUCUUGCUCCCAUUAGAGUUGACUCUUUUAUGAAUGAAAAGAUUCAUUGUUGGGAUAAUGUUUUUGGUUUAGAUAUGUCUCCUUUGAUACCAUUUGCACAACAAGAAAUAUUACCAAAAUCAAUUAGAGAUUAUUAUAUUGAAGAUCCAAAAUCAUCUAUUCUAGAUACUCCACAAAUAUUUAGAUAUUUGGAUCUUCAAACUAUUACUAUUCAAGAUUUGUCUAAAACAGUAUUAAACUUUGAAUUUAAUCUACCAAAUGGUCAUUUCCAUGGGUUUGGUACAUGGUUUUCAGUUUGGUUUGAAGGACUUGAUAAUAAUUAUAAAGUGCCUUCUUCUGUAAAUGAAGGAGAUGAUUCAUCUGAUGAAUUGGUAUCAUAUGGAAUAGAUAUCAAUGGAGAGAUUGUUGAAAAGAAAGAACAAUGUAAAAGGUCACCUCUACCAUUUAAACAAACUAAAAAUACUUUGGAACUAAGUACAGCUCCAGGCGAUGGAAGCACUCAUUGGAAACAUAUCCUAUUUCUAUUUGAACAUUCUAAAGAUAUCGUAUCUAAUCAAAUAAUACAAGAUCUUGAAAAGGAAAAGGAAAAGGAAAAGAAACAACCAAGUGUAAAAGGAACUAUGAGAGUUACUCAACACUCUACUUAUCGUAGACAUUGGUGGGUUGAGUUUAGUUCAACUGUUUCAUGUCAUCCAAAAAUCAAUUCCUAUCAAACCUAUUUAAUUUAA